AUGACAUCUUCCUCUCAACAAAUUGAUAAUUCCCUCGGAACGACAUCUUCUUCAAAUACCCAAACGCCAACCCAAACCCAAACCAGUAAUAGCGUCAAUACGUUGACUACAUUCCCUAAUCCAUUUCAAGAUGAACCUGAACAAGGUAUAUUACCUAGUCUUUUAUCUAAAGUGAAACAAACGUUUAUAUCCAAUACAAGUGGACAUACUGGUGGGAAUGGGAAAGGUGACAAAGGAUCUCAUGAUGGUCAAGGUUUAGGAUCAGGAUCAGGAUUAGUAUCAGGAUCCGGGUCAGGGAAUGUGCAUGGCAUAAAUCCAAAAACAUCAUACGGAAUCGAUCAAGGUGAGGGGUUUGGACAAGGACAAGGACAUGAACAUGGCCAUGGCCAUGGUAAAACGAAGAAUAGAUUAAUACAGACUGAAGCUCAAGCUAUCGCUGAAGCAGUCAAAAAAUCAACUCAGCAAGCUUCUUCAACUGCUGCCAACCCAAGUGCAGGUGCAUCUUCAUCAUCUCAAAGUAUAUCACAAGGAUCGGCCAGUAGCAACCAAGGUCAAAAUCAAAGUCAAAGUCAUUUGCACGGUAGAAGACAAUCUGGACCUGGAUUAGGAAUUUCCAUUCUACCAAUAAGCACUCUAUCACCCAAUGAGACCACUCGUCCGAAUUUACCUUUACCUCUACCUACUUCGUCUUCUUCAUCUUCCACAUCAAAUACUGGCAAUGUCCAAAUAGCAUCACCUUUAAGAAACCAUCAUAUCAGUAAGACACUUCGACCUCCACUGAGUACAGUCAAUUCAGUUGGAAGUGCAACUUCAUCAAUACAAUCCCCCUCCAUUCUAUCUUCCUCACAUACAGUCUCAAAUGCUAGUAUACCAUCCACAUCAAUAACGACAAAUCCAAUAUCGAAGAAAUUCCCACUACAAGCUCCCAAUGAAAGGCAAUGGAAACCAUCUUUAGCUGCACCUGCACAAGUCACAAUUUCACCUGUCACAAGUGUGACUACUACCGUUCAAAAUUCCUCAUCAAACUCAAAUCUCAAAACGAAAUCGAAUUUGAACAGACCUCAAACUCCAGAAAGUGGUUCGACUCCAUUUCCAAUAGGUAAUAUCCAUAAUCAUAACAGACACAGAGCACAUUUCAGCAUUCAACAAUCAUCUCAAAAUCAUGGAAUGGGUCAAACACGUUCUGUGACACCAUUACAUCAUCAUGCACACAUCAAUUCAUUCUCACAGUCACAUACACAGAAUCUGAGAGUUAGAAGAAGUUCAAUUGCAACAUUACCAGAUUCACCAAGUUCUGUAUCCAUAUCAACAAUGUUAGCUGCAAAUGCUGAACUAUCAACUAAUUUCAGUUAUGUACCUGGUUUCCCAUUGAAUCAAGAUGAUACCAGGUCUGUCAAAAGUUUAGGGUUUUCAGUCAAGAAACAGAAUUCGGUUUCGAAGAUUAUAAGAAGGAUGAGAGGUGAAGGUUUGAGUAAACAUUAUUGGAUGGCAGAUGAAAGCUGUAAAGAAUGCUAUGAUUGUAAAUCGAUUUUCACAGCAUGGCGACGAAAACACCAUUGUCGUAUAUGCGGUCAAAUCUUCUGUUCUCGAUGUGCAUCAAAUAUCAUAGGAGCCAGACGAUUCGGUCAAGAAGGUGCUGUCAGAGUGUGUAACCUUUGCCUCAAGAUCAUGGAGGAAUACAGAGACGAUGAUGAAGAUGAUCGAAGAUCUAUCAACUCAAUAACAACAUCCGUUCAUCGUUUCCCGAGUAUAUCUGAUCGAGCAUUCCUUGAUGCGGCCAUGUCGCCAGAAGUCCCUUAUGCCAAAUCACCGUUCGCUGCAAGUCAGCUAUUCUCCAGUCAUCCAAAUGAAUCAUUAUCGGCUAUCGAUGAAAGUUCCGCUCCAACUCGGUGGGGAGGAGAAUUUGAUUUGGAAAGGCCAUAUACCCCAAUUGAUACGGAUGAUCCACAGUUAUCUGAUUCUGAAGAUGCCCAUUUCUGGGCUAGUAGACCUCAAACCGCGGCUCCAUUUAGAAGACCAAUGGAGGAAGAACAGAAAAGUAAUCAUUUACAAGAAGAUGAGCCUGAAGUUGAACCUGGACUUGAAGCUGAACAACCCCAAUCAAGUCCAAGUAGUCCUGAAGCAGCGCCUAGUGGGACUCAGAGUAGAGCAGAACCUGCCAAGAAAGGCAGUAUGGGCCCACCACCUUUACCACCCAUCAGAGUAGAAUUCCCUAGAACCGACACGAUCUCAACAGAUGGUGGAUUGGAAACAAGGAUUCCUCUAAAUAGGGUUGAUUCUAAUUUACCAUUGAUAGGAUUGAGGACGAGGCUCAGCUCAAGAGCAAGUCAAGGUGGAUUAACAGCUUUACUGGACUCAGAAAAGACGGAAGGUCUAUGGAGAGCUAGAUCUCAUUCCUUCGCUAAGCGACCAGAACUUCUAUCCGGAGCGAGUUUGAAUCAUUUCCAUGUCACGCUUCAACAGGCCAUAGCACGAGCUGAACUUCCUCACCCACAACAAUGGCAUCGGACGCUUAGCAGUCUUCUCCUAAAAGUAUCUACCAAUCUUCAACCGAAUGUCAAGGCAGGAGACGAUAUCGAUGUAAGAGCAUAUGUCAAGAUCAAGAAAGUUCCAGGUGGGAAAAUCAGUGAAUCCGAAUACGUGGAUGGUAUCGUGAUCUCCAAGAACGUGGCCCAUAAAGCUAUGCCUCGUCGAUUGGUAAAUCCGAGAAUAAUGGUCGUCACUUUUCCCUUGGAUUAUCAUAGGGUAGAGAAUCAGUUUAUGUCACUUGAUCCCAUCUUGGCUCAGGAAAAGGAUUAUCUUCGACUUUUGACCAAAAGAAUCAUAGACGUCAGACCCCAUAUAGUCCUAGUACAACCGUCAGCAUCAAGAAUAGCACUCGAAUAUCUCCUUGAAGCGAAUAUAGCUGUUGCUAGAAGUGUCAAAGUUUCUGCCAUACAUCAAGUAGCAAGAUGUACUCAAGCAGACGUAGUUGCGUCGAUGGAUCGACUGGCUCUAGAACCUAGAUUAGGAAGAUGUGGAGAAUUCCGAAUUCAGUCUUUUGAACAUGAACUCAUACCAGGUAGACGAAAGACUCUAAUGCGUUUCGAAGGUGGUCAUCGAGAAUAUGGAUGUACUAUUAUUCUUCGUGGAGGUGAUUUGGCAACACUCAGAAAAGUCAAAAUAGUUACAGAUUUUAUGGCUUUAGUUGCUUAUCAUCUCAAAAAUGAGGUCAUCCUAUACAAUGACGAACACAAUAUCUUCCCUCCUCAUCCACCUUUGUCGAUAGAGUACCAAGAACUAUUGGACGUCUUGGAAGACGAAGAACCGAAGUCCCACUCACAUGAGAAGCUGACCUCGGAUGCAACGGUCGUACCGGUCGAAAGUGAGGAAGACGAGAACGAUGAGGAUGAACCAACGACUCCCAAAGCUGAAUGUAACGAGGACGAGGAUGAAAAGCAAGUGGAACGCAAGGAGGCUCUGCAAACCACUAAACAAAUCGCAGAAUCCCUUGAACCAUACCUCACUACAGUCCUCUCUGCAUCAGCAGCAAUUCGGUUUCCUCCUCCUGCCGCUCUUGCCAAAAUGGCAGAGCUGGAUCGAGCUCUUGCCAAUCUCCGACAAAGCAUCGACGAGGAAGAAGCUGCGCAAAUCCUACAAGAGGAAACAAAGGUGGUCGAACAAGUGAAACCCGUAGGACCGAUCGUUGAAUCCGAUUCUUCAUCAACAUCAAUAUCAUCCUCCUUGGUGGAAAGUACCGAUGCGCCUUCAACGGAGAUGACCUCAAGUGGAGCGAUGAGCGCUAUUCCGAUCUCAUCUGCUCCUAUGAAAGAAUCAGCUCGUGAUCCAUAUCGAGUUUUACGUAAACCGGAAGAAGUGGCUCGUGAAAGUGCAUUAGCACAAAUCGAACACGAUCACAGUGAACAAAUGAAGUUGUGGCAAUGGUACACCCGUCGAUUCAUUGAACCUCUUCGAGCAGAAGACUAUCAAGGUAUCGUCUAUCUGUACUCUCUUGGUUGUGAAGGCACGGAUAAACCUUGCGUCGAACCAGCAUUGCAAGCCAUUAAUUUCUAUCAACCCGGUGACCAUACCAUCGGUCAGUUCCUCGAACACUUAGCUCUAAAUGCCGCUCAGCGAUGUACUAGCAAGACAUGCGAAAGAUUAUUACUUUUCCAUUUCCAUCUUUUGGUGCAUGGUGAAAGGAGAUUACAAAUUGCUAUGGAUCAAUUCCCGUGUCCGUCGCCGGGACAUGAGGAUCAGAUUAUCACUUGGUCAUAUUGUAGACUGUGCGCUACACCUUCACCUACGACUAUCCUCCGGGAAGAAACAUGGAAGUUGUCUUGGGGCGCUUAUUUGGAACAUUGUUUCUAUCCACCUGAAACAAAAGCUGGAUUUGCUUGUCCUCACGAUGCUUACAGAGAUCAAAUAAGAUAUUUCGCUCAUAGGAAUUUGGCGAUCAGAAUUCAUAAUGAAUCUGUUGACAUAUACGAACCUCAAAGACCUUCAAUAACAUUACAAGUAAAAGCAGAAACUAAAGUGUUAUUGAAAAACCAAGAAUAUGAAAGCGCUUUGCAUAAGAAUGCAGCCUUCUUCGAUUCGGUUUUAUUCAGAUUAAGAAGUUUUGACACGGAAAUCUGUCAACCUGAGAAGAUUGGUUCACUCAAGACUGCAUUAGAAGGUAUGCUAUCUAGAGCAGUAGCAGAUAGGGAAGAAAUGGUAAAUCUACUCAAUCGAACGUAUAAACUCACACCUAUGACCGAUGUUUUGGCUCUCAAUACGGUUCUUAGGAAUCUGCAGGAUAAGGUUGUACAAUGGGACUCCGACUUCACUGAGGUUGAGAAGACCUUCAUGCCUUCUGAGAAAGACUUGAGGCGAAUGACUGCAACACACCUUAAACGUCUCUUCGCCAAUCAAGAUGUGUUCAACUCCCUUGAUCGCAAUGUAGCUAGCCUCACCGUAUCUGAAGCCGAUGAGAAGGAACCAAAAGAUACUUCAUCCGAAAUAACUCCUUUACCAAGUGAACCCCCUACGCCAGCUUUCACUCCAACGGACGUCAGCCAUGCGACUUUGACCGCGGAGCCUCCGGUAUACGAUCUGAACAGCGAUGGCGAAAACGCAAUGACUCCUUUGGGCGGAGUGGUCCAUCCGGCACCUGAUCCCCUAUCGCAGGCGGCGCCUCCUGAUGCUGAAAAAGAAUACAAUAGUGAUUCUACUAUCUCUGCAAUCAGGCGAGACUCACCUGGAAGAAGUCCGAUGAGAAUCGCUGAGUCAAGUGGGAUCGAUAGUGAUACUCAUCACUUUGUGUCUCGCUUACCUCGAAGAUCUAGACCAGCAGCAAGCAUUGCUGAUCUUGUACAACGCUUCAACGAUGCUACUCAUCUUCAACCCUAUGUGGUGACCGAAGAACCGGAACGACCUAGCUCUGCGGCAUCGACACGUCGCAAAGGUAGACGAAGUCCCCAUCCGGAGGCAUCUGACAGCGAUCACAGCUCCAAAGCCCGACCCCGCUUGCGUAGAGGAAGAACGGAGCAGCCUCCAGUCAAAUACAGAGAGGGAGGUAAACCGAGCGGUUUGCUUUCAGACGGCGAUAGAAGCUACGCCGCCAAUGCAUCGAGGAUACCUUCUACUUACGGCAAAAGCAGAUCUAUACCUACGCCCUCAACAGAUCAUCUUGGACCUGGAUUGCGGUCAAGAACACCUUCCUACACUGCUAUCAAAUCACCCCGCUCAACACGGGUUUCCCCCGAGCGCGCUUCAGACACCGCUGGCCCCUCGAAUCAUGCUCAACAUCUCGUCUCGGCUCCUGCAGAAUCGAAGCCUCGUAUGAUGGGUAAAGGGAAGUCCCCCAAACCACCAGACCCCACCACAGGUCGGUCUUCACCCAGUCUUAUGCGUACUGCUGCGCGAAGGACACUAGCCAGUUCCUCUCGAGUAACUUCAAUCGCAAGGCAUUUCGACCGCUUAUCUCGCGAAGCCGAGCGAGAACGUGCGAAACGUAUGUCUUUGGUCCGAGGCAAACGGGCUCGUCCAGUUGGAGUAACCAAAGCGAAAGUUCAAGUCUUCGACAACCUUCGUGAUGCAUUCAGAGACGAGUUUGAUACCGAUUCUUCAGAAGCUGAUAACGAAGAAGAUGAACUGGGCAGUGACGAUAGCGUCGAAUCUGCUAAUCAACUGGAUGAAGAUGAUCAACCUAAACAACGUAGAAAAUCUUCUCCUACGAAAUCUAGAUCUACUAAAAACUCACCUGUAGAAGCGACCACGCCACUGGAACCUAUUCCAGUAAAACCUGCCCCGUCAACCGAAUCAAUUCCAGAAGAAGCCAAAACCGAUGAAAUACCAAUUUCAGCUUCCGGGGUUUCCUUAGCCACCCAAUCUGUAUUGAGUGAUGCUAGAUCAGAAAUGUCCUUCACAGACAGGCUGCAGAUCGAAUUACCAAGUUUCGAAACAAGUGCUCCUCUACCAAGCCAUCCUGUGACACCUCAGCUAUCAACCGAUACAGCCGAUGAAACUCCAUUGCAUCAUACCAUGUCUCAAAUGUCCCAGUUAUCAGAUAAUGAAUUGAGUUCCGGUGAACAAAGAUCAAGCAUACUCAAAACUCUGACCGGUUUAUGGGCUUUCAGAGCUGGAGAUUUCACCCCCCUCGAAUAUCCUCUAUCUGCAUCUGAGCACUUAUUCGCGGAUUCAAGAGUCAUCAUACGUGAAAACGAACCUACCAGUGUCAUCGCUUUCACCCUUAGCUCAAAGACCUAUAGAGAUAAGAUGAGAGCAGAAGCCAACCAAUCGAAAAUGAGUAGUAACGGUAAAACAGAAAGUUUCAUGCCUGAGGACCAUCAUCAUGGGAAUGACAGAGCCUCGACAUGGGAUAUAGUCUCGAUGGAUGAAGCUAUGGAUCCUGAUGCUGAUAUGAGGAGAGAAGGUGGAACACACCUGAAGUAUGAUUUCGAAUCAGGGGCUUCGACAAUCUUUUGCAGGAUUUUCUUCGCCGAACAAUUCGCUGCUUUGCGUUCUGCCUGUCAAUGUGAGGAUAGCUUUGUCGAGUCGUUAGCGAGAUGCGUGCAAUUUGAUGCAGCUGGUGGUAAAUCGGGUUCAGCCUUCCUCAAGACUAAAGAUGAUCGUUUCAUUGCUAAAGAGAUCUCACGACUUGAGAUGGAUGCAUUAACCAAAUUUGCUCCUGCUUAUUUCGAAUAUACACGUAAAGCCUUUCAAGGACAAAGACCUACUGUUUUAGCGAAGAUUUAUGGAUUCUUCAAAAUCGGUUAUAGAAAUGCUAUCACAGGAAGAUACAUGAGGAUGAACGUACUUGUCAUGGAAAACCUAUUUUACGAAAGACGAUUCUCCAAAAUAUAUGAUCUGAAAGGAAGCACAAGAAAUCGACUCAUCCAAGCUACAGGACGAAUCAAUGAAGUGCUGUUAGAUGAAAAUCUAAUGGAAAUAGUAUAUAAACAUCCUUUGUAUCUUAGAGAUCAUUCAAAACGGAUUCUAAGAACGGCGUUGUUUAAUGACACGUUAUUCUUAUCUAACUUGAAUGUCAUGGAUUACUCUCUGGUCGUAGGUGUAGAUUCGGAAAGACAUGAAUUGGUAGUCGGUAUAGUCGAUUAUAUCAGGACUUUCACUUGGGAUAAGAAGCUUGAAUCAUGGGUGAAAGAUUCCGCCUUCUUAGGUGGAGCAGGUAAAGGUGAACCUACGAUUGUAACACCCAAACAAUAUAAAUUACGUUUCCGUACUGCUAUGGAAAGGUUUUAUUUCCCUUCGGUUCCUGAUAGAUGGACCAAAGUGGGUUCAGAUGAAGUUCAAAUAGAGGAAGAUGGUCAAUCAAUAAACAAUUCAACUAUCUAA